AUGAACGUCGACGAUCCCUUCGCAAAUGACCUGAACAACUUCCGCACGGUCGUUGCUGGGUUGCGGCGGCAAGCGUCGUCGUCGCCGAUGGGCAGCAGCUUCGGUCACGGCCUCGGUGGUGGCACCUCUGACGCCUCACCGCUUCUGUCCUUUCAGAGCACAAGUGGACCACUUGGCGCUGCCUCAAGUGUCCAAGGCGCGGGUUCACCGAUCUUUAGCAGCGGAGCCAGCGGUGUGUCGCUCUUUCCGUCGGCCUCCAACGCUGCCCCGGUGGCGGGGCGCCGUGCACGCGGAACACUCAGCGCCAGCUCGCCCCUCUCUGCCGCCCCCUCCAGUGUGCCGCCGAGCUCGGAAAGCGGUGCCCAUCCGCUGUCUGUGUCCCAUCAACGGACACAACUCUCCGUUCCACUGACGCAGGCACCGCCCCUCGCCUCCGCGGUUACUACCACCCUUUCGUGGCUCGAUUAUAUGGAAUCUGUUCCACCGCCACAACCACAGGCGGCGGCAGCACAUCGACAGGGCCUACCUCCUUUGUCUACCUCUCCACCAACCUCCUUCACUGCUGCGGCGGGGAACGUCCUCUCCUUUCUCAACUUCGGCGAUGCGGACGGCGCAGGCAGCACGACACCGCCCCCGGCCCAUGAGACUACAUUUCAGCCAGAAACGAGUCCUGCGCCUGCCGCCGCCGCAGCCGAGGCGGAGAAGAAACGAGCAGAGUUGCGCGACCUGUACGCCACGCUGGACGCUCUGGACAUGGAGCAGCAGCGGCUGGAUGAGCGGCUUGACACCCGGCAGCUGAAGGAGGAGACGGCACUGCUUGCCUUGGAGACGAGUGUGAAGGAGAAGGCGAACGAGUUGGUCGACAAGGAAGAAGAGCUGGCCACUAAGCACACGGAGCUGGCUAGUCGCACAGCGGAGCGUCUGGAGGCGUUGUCGAGCCGCUACACACGUGAAACGGAGGCCCAAUCGACGGAGGUGCGGUCGCUGGACGGUGCACGGCUCGAGAAGCAACUACAGCAAGUGCGCUCUCAACGCACUGCUGCGGAAAACGAAGUAAAAAUUUUGCGCGAGAGGGCGGCCCUGGCGUUGGCGAUGGAGCCUUUUAGCGAGAGGGGCAUUCGCGUUGCACUGAGCGCAACAGCACCUACAUCCUCCGCCGCCUCCGACCACGCCGGUGCGAGCGACGGGGAGGGGGACACGGCUCCCUCUGCGUCAUUGGAAAUGCGGCUGCAGAAAUCUGUGGACCUGCUGCGCGCGUACUGUGACCAGCGCCUCCAUCACGCGCGAGCACACCUCGUCGACUACGUGCACGCCGAAACGCUUGAGGCGGCUCACGCUGUCCGGCGCACGCGUGAGCAGUUGUGGGCGGACGACGCCGUUCAGCACAAAACACUCUUCAAUCAGUACUUGACAGACAUGAUGCAGCGGUACAUGCUGUUCUACAAGGAGCGGGCUUUGCUGAAACAACAGAACAUUUCCUCUUUGCAGGAGGAGAUACGCAGCACCGCAGCCGAACUCCGUAGCAACGCCGCUGCGCGUCUCGCUGGGCUUCUGAAAGACGUCACCGCCAAAAUGACGCUCUCAGAGAGUCGCCUAACCAAAUCGGCCGAGGAGGCCAAGAGCGAACUACAAAGGAAAUGUGCGGCUGUGGUGGAGACCGAUGUUGCGAUGGCCAUCACGCAGCGGAAAGAGCUGGAGAGUCGCCAGCUCGUCGAGGCCCAGGCGCGGCGUCAGCGCUUUCGGGCGGAGGAGCAGUCAUUGCUGGAUCAGCUGCAGCGUCUUCGUCGCUCGAGCGAAACUGCCGCGCACGGCGGCUUUCAGAGCUUGUUGGACAGCGUUGGGCCCUCCGGGCUUAAUCGUGCGCAGACACUCGAUGAGGAGGUGGCAGCGCUGAAGGGACGCGUACACGAAAAACUGCUCGGCGGCGGUGCAUCGUCGUCCUCAGAGCUGCGCGCCGCGUCCAGCGCUGCCCACAUGCACGCCGAGGAGCUCGUCCACGUAAUUCGCCGUGCUCUGGCAGAGACCGCCGCACAGCAGCCUUCUCUCACACUCUCACGUCAACGCUGCGAUGAACUGCGCCGCGAGCUGCUGCACGGUGUUGGAGAAACGGUGAUCGAGCGGCUGCAACACGCCCGCUGCGUCCAACACGCUCAUCAAUCUCGUAUUGACGCCCAGCGCAAGACGUGGGAGGCCGCGCAUCGGCAAAAUCUCGCCGCGGCGUGCUCGCUAGUGUUGCCGAUUUCCGGCAGCACCGCCAAAACGGGGGAUGCGCAGUACGUGGCGGAGACUUACGCUGCGCCGCAGGACGUGACUUCUAUUGCCUUGAUGGACCUCGUACGCGACAAACUGCAAAGCCGGGAUGACGCUCGUCGGCACCUUCUGCAGUCUCGCAAGGAGUGUGCAACGCGGUGCUUUCGGCUGCUGGAUGACAUCCACGCAAGGCAGGAAGCCGUGCGGACUACCUGGGAAGACCUGUGGGGUGCUGCGCAGACGUUGCUGACGCAGCAGGCGGCGUCGCACGAGGCACAGUUGGAGGUAGAGAGAGGGCUCAUUACCGUUGAGGCCCUGCAGCAGACGGUGACGCGUGAUCGCCGCAAUACGGAGCGAGAGUGCCGUCGCAUUGCCGAUGCGACGCAGCGCAUCAACGCAGACGCGGCGCAGAUCGGUGUAGACGCCCGGCUGCUGUGCGCACCGCCGGAGCUGCUGGAGGCGGAGGGCGAGGCGGUCGCCGUCGUGCCGCCGCCGUUGCCGUCGACAUCCACGUUUCUGCACGCUGUGGACCCCAGCGUCAUCAACAGUCUCUCGAACGGAAAUUUGUUUACGGCGGUGCACACGUCCACCAACGUCGCUGCAGGGGCGUACAACAAGACGGAGAAUUCCAAGCCAGCAACAUCAUCUCCUGCCCCGUCUGCGGCCCCCAUGGCAUCUCAACCUCCGCUUGCACCCACUCUGAGGAGUGCGGACAGUGAGACAAAACCUGGGCCUCCUCGUCCGACCCCGCAGCAGGGGGAUUCCUCACACAUCGUGAAUUGCAGCAACGCCACGGCGACACAGCCGUGGUCCUCCGCGUUGCUGCAAGCGGAGCAGCUUCAGUCGUCGCCCAACACAGAAGAGGCACACAUCGCGACGGAAGAACCUUCUCCGCUGGGGCCGACUGCACAGGACGAACGCCGUGGCGGCGCAGUGGGUGUGGGCCGGGUCACCAGCGUACACCUCUCAGGCGGCGAAGAGGGCAAGCAAGGCAGCAGCAGCAGCGGCCGCAGCAGGAGCAGCGCACGGUGUGAGGGCUCAAAGGCUGCCAGCUCCGCAUCACCCACCACCACCAUCGAAGAGAGGCACCACAGCUCGUCCAGUUUGCCCUCGGCAGAGAUUCUGUCGCAGCUCGGACCGUCCACGUGGCUCGACACCGACACCGGCUGGCAACAGCGCCUCCGAGCCCCCUCCUCGUCGCGGUGGCACCUGCAGCGACCACAAGGGAGGACGCCAACCACGUUUGGAACCUUCUCAGCGUUGGAGGAGUUUCACAGCGGUGUGGACCGGUCCGCCUCGGCGAUGCGAGAUCAAGACACCUCCGGCGAAGGGACCCCGUUCAGCUUUGAUGACUCGAACAACUUUGUGGAUCUGCUGUCGUGCACGGACUCGCCGGCCUCGUCGUACCGGACGCGUUAG